AUGCUCGAUUUGAGAAAGAACUCGAUUUCUUAAAAGUAAAUAUCAGAUGAGUAAAUUAACUACAAAACAUUUUAAGAUAAUAGGCCGAAGCAUAAAUAUAUGAUAGAUUUAAAGGCAAUCGAAAAUAGAGAUGUCAAAGGCAGAAAAAUUCCGCUUAAAACUGAUAAAAGUUAUUAAGAUGAUCAAUAGGAAUAAAUAGAACUAAAGAAGAAGGUUAUCCUUACAUAAAUCUAUAAAGAAAAUGCCUUAAAUUAUACAAGAUCAAUUCAAGAAACUUAAAAGCAAACAGAAUAGCAGACAUAGUAAGUUUCACCAAUGAAAAAUAGAUAAUAUAAGAAUAACACAGAUUAAGAUAGAUCACGUAAUAUCCAAAGCUAAAAUUAUUCAUUUACUAAAAUUGAUGGUGAUUAUCUCAAUAAUAAUUUGCUUAACAAUAAGGCUUCUCGUUAAAAUAAUACAAACUUUGUUAAAAAGUUAGGAGUGAAAUAGAUAGCCAUGAAAUUUGAAUAAGUUCAAGAUUAAAAAGAUUAUUUCAACACGAAUUAAUCAGGAUUUAGUAAGAACAAAGCGAAAAUUAAUUAUGUUAAUAGUUUAAAGAGAAAAAGAGAGCUUUUGAAUAAAGAAAAAGAAAAGUAAAAUUGGCCUGAUUUUUAUUCUAUUAUCAAUCAACCAUGA